CUCUCCAAGUAACAACAUUUCCACUUUCACCUCUUCCGCCGAGUGAAUGCUGAGAUUUUCCGCCAACUUUUGAAGCCCUUUUGUAUCUUUUCCUUGAAAUGUGUAACAUUAUGUGGAUAUGCGGGGUUGUGGUAGUAGCAGUGCUGGUUGCCACUUCCGGCAACGCUAACGCCAUGGAAUUCGAACAAUUUAUGUCUUCACUAGCCAGAAGUGAUAACGGCGAUGACAAAGCUGAAGAACCUCCCAAACCAAACGACAAAGAAAUCGUCCAGUUUAUGAAGAGAUCUGGUCUUUUAGAAGACUCAAACAUCCAAAAUUCUAGAUACAACCAAGAACUUCUAGCUGCUUUGCAUGCCCUCCAAAGACAACGCAGCAUCCCAGUAUAUCCCACAGAUAAUGCCAAACCUGAAACUUUGGUCACAACUGAAGUGAAAAAACCCAGAGAAACCAGCUCCACUCGCCUCUACCAGAACUACCAGAAAUCUCUGGCCAAAGAUUCCAGUUCUGUUCAGCAGUCCCAGCAACCAAAUUACGCAGCUCUCCAGUCACUGAACCAACAACAAUCUUACUCCCCUCUAUCCAGUGAUUCUUCGGUUCUGUCUCAGCCAAGAUCUGCAGCACCAAGUCAGUCAGUUCCUGAAGCCACCAACAGCCUGCUUUAUGCUUUAAACCAACAAGCAUCUAGCUCUGACAACGACAAAGGAGCCAUGAAAGAUGACCGUCAAGGACAUUACGCCUAUGAUACCUAUGACGCAGGUUAUGAUGGUAAUAUUCUUCACUCUAGGAAUCCAAGUGGUUAUGAAGCAGAAUCCUAUGGCCACCAACCAAGGGGAGGUAUCGGUAUCAAACUGCCAAUUCCUCAACUUUCCAUCAAAUUUGACCCCCUGGGUUUGUUGAAAUUGUUGCUCAAGGCAAUCCCAAGACCUCUUUUCAAUCUUAAUGGCAGGAUAUUCUUGGGUCUAGAAUUGGGAAAGGGAAUCGGUUUGGGUAAAGGUGGAAGCUAUGGAGGACACUCAGGAGGAGGAAAAGUAAUCACUAUCGGUUAAAGGAUUUUAAACGAAUUUUAAGGAAAAUGGUCAAGUAAGAGUCCUCCCGAAUAAGAACACUUAUUUAUUUUUGAGUAAACUAUUAAAUAACACAAAUCCUUUCCUAACAUUAACAAUUGGGGUAAAAUACUAAAAAAAUGCAAUUAUUUAUUUAAAAUCUGUAUCUAACAGAAAAAUUAAGAAGUUCUUCUUUUUUCCUUUUUUCCUAUUUCCCACUCUGAUCCUUUUAAAAAAUAUAAAAUUGAAAAUACUUAUUUAUAUUGUUACAAAUUUUACUUAUUCUGGUUUGCAACUAAAACUAAAAUAUCAAGAAAUUUUGAACCAAGCAAAUUUCCUAUCCUUUCAUUUCUAUUAUUUAUUUCGAUAUGACUUCAAUAAUUACAGCUAUUUAUUUCUGUCUAUAUCCUGAAUAAUCAUCUUUAAUAGUAAACUUUUUCAAUUGCAAAAUAUUUUUAAAAUUUAAAACCCGAACUACAGCAAUUAAUCCCCAGAAUGCAAAUGAAAAAAAAUCUCUUUUCUCUUUCAAAUUUAUUUAUCUCUAAUGGUCUAAAAUUCCAAAAGCACUCAUGCUAUUUACUUAGGAAAAAUAAAUUAUCAAUGUAGUUUUUAUAAUAUUUCAAAGGUUAUCUAUUUAAAUAUUUCAAAGGCCAUUAGGGCCUAGAUAGCAAAUGAUAAUAAAAAAUAAUCAGUCUUUUCAUUCAUUAUUAUUCCCUGAAUAUCAAACAAACUUAAAUAGGAAAAUACUACACAAAAAAAGAAAUGUGAAUUAAGUGCCAGUAUACCUCGUCUGUUUUCACGAAGGCUGUAAAUUGCUUUCAUCCUUUAUUUAAUUAAGUGAAAAAUAGCGGGUCUAUAAAUAACUUUGUACAUAAAAACGCAUUGUAUAAAUACAAUAUGGUGCAUGGUGUUUCGGGUAUGGAUACAUUGUAAAUAUCUUCUAAAUAAAGAUAUUAAACAUA